GAGAAACUAGGCACAGAAUAACUAUUGGGCCUAACGGACCAGGCCCAAAUAAAUGAUAUUGCAUUCGGGUUUUUCUUCAAUCUCCCUUUGAUUUUCGAGAAUGGGCCGAUUGCAGUAGCUGCCCCAACCAAAAAUGGUGGAGAGAUUCUUCCCGAUGAAGGCGAGCUCCGGCGGCGGCGGGAAUCUCCGGCGAGAAAACCUCACUCUCCUCACCGGCCCAAUUUCCUCAGGCAAAACCUCUCUGCUCUUCCAAUUUGCUCUCAACGUGGCGAAUGCUUCUGAAAGCAACCGUGUCGUCUUCAUCUGUCACCGGAAAAGAAUCGAAUCCAACCCUCCGUUUCUCUCUCAGGGAAUCGAUCCUUCCUCCGAUGUAUUCGAUCGAAUUCAGAUGAAGUAUGUGGAUGAUGAUGAAGGAAUCAGGAAAUAUUUUGCUGCGUUUCAUCUUCAUCUUGAUUUUCCAGCUGCAGUUGUAAUCGACGAUUUUGGUGAUUACUUCACCCAAUUAAACUCGAAGGGGACUCUAAUGAAUUCACGGGCUAGAGACAUGGCGAUGGUGCGGACUCUUGCUCUAUGCCACAAUGCUAUAGUCGAUGCCAACAAGAAAGCUGCUUGUGAGCUUGUCUUAACCGAGACCAAUCCUGGAGACUCCCUGAGGUCGUUGUUCAUCUACAAACGAUGGAUCACAACCAUCUUUACAAUAAAAGGUCAUGGUGAUGGAUCGUUUCUCCUGAGAAGUAAUGGUUCAUCCGAGAAAAUCGCCAAGUAUUCGAUCACGCUGCAAUAUCUUAUCUUGGAGGAAGAGUUCUAACUGAGGAAGAGCUUACUUGCACUCUACUGAAACAGUAGGGUUUCAUUUCUUUUUACUCGUUGCCUAAAGUUGUUGACGAUGGAGUAUCAUCGCUGGGAUUAAGUAGACAGGGAACAAGUUCAAGGUCCUGCUAAAAGAACCAAGUUCUAAGCUUCAUCAAGAUUUGUUUCUUCGUUUUUUUUUUCUCCACCUUAAUAAGAUUAUUUGUUAAAUUUCCUUUUUCUGAAUGAGUUAGUAACAAGAAUUUGGUAGAA